AUGAAGGUCUCAACCGUGGUGGUGGCCUGGUGCGUCCUGAGGACUAAUGCUGUCCGAGACCAAAGGCUUACCGACAACGAGACGGCAAUCCUCCCGCAGAAGCCCCGCAGACCAGACCAGGAGAGCAUGAUGGAAUUGGAGCCGUCUGCUCCUCUCGAAUGCAUGAGAGGGGAGGUGGUGUGGCAAGCGACAGGAAAGAAGCUGGGGCAGGGUCAGAAUGGCAAGGUCAUUGAGGUUGGUGCAACAGGAUAUCAAGGCUACUACGCCUUCAAGUUUGGCCUCGAUGCCUAUGGCGAGCAAGACUGUGCGCAGGAGGUGAAUGUCCUUCAGUCUGCUAUGAAGCAGCACUGCACCCACGUCAUGUCCCUGACCAAGUCUGCCCCUUGUGUUGCCCAAGACGAGAAGAAAUAUCCCUUGGGGUACAUCGCUCCGGAAAUGACCGGAGAUAUUUUUGGCUGGCUCAGAGCCAACAUGCGUUUACGGAGGCGGUGUGGUAAGACUAUCCUCCAGCAAGUCUCGGACGGGAUGGCAUGCUUGCAUCGUGCCGGCUACAUCCAUGGUGACCUGAAGGCGGACAACAUGUUCUACAAGGGCUUGGAUGAGAACGGUUGCCCAGCCAGCGUUGUGCUCGCCGACUUCGGCUUAUCGCAGCCUUUAAAUUCCCAGAUGGGUACCUAUGAUGCCAAGUACUACCCAGGGUCCGGUCACCUUGUGAGCAGCCUCUUCCGCGGAAUGCCGGACGCGCCCAAAAUCCGAAUGCCAGGCCGCACCGACGUUGUCAUUGCCAGUGAGGUGAUUGACAGAUGUGCCUUGCUCCUCUUUGCCUACGAAAACUUCGCCUCAGAGGUGAUUGGUCCUGGUAAAGCCAUCAGGCAAGGUGGCUGUGGCAAGAUGGGUGUGGACCGCCCAUACAUGCUCCCAACGCACACACUUUUCACGAACGUCCCUCAAGAAGAGGAAGACUGA